AUGUCGGAGGAAACGCUGGAAAAUGACGCCGAAUUCGGCCGUCUACCAUUCGACAACUUCAUUUCAGAACGUUGGGAUACCGAUGCCGCGGGAGAGAGUCAGGAACAGUGGGAGCGACUCGUUUGGGAAUGGCAGAAGCUGACGCUAUUGGAACGCUGGGUAUCUCCUUCAUUUCCCCACUACAGUAAGAUAGCGGGAGGUCUGACCCCUUGCCAGCCAUAUCAGCACCGUGACGAGCUCUCUCUACCUGAAAUCAGCGAGGAAAUCAGGCGCGUGCUAGCCACACACCAGACAGUGCACGAGCGUAAUAUCAGCCUGGUCCGCAGCGAAGGUCUGCAGACCGUCUGGCUGCGGACAUGCUACGAUUCGGACCUCACAAGCAAAUACGAAGAGCUUAAACAGAGAUCUGUGGUGCCUGGAUGGCGGGGCUGGGGGAAUAAGAUCCUGGACGACCCCACCCGCUAUGAUUUUGACGACGGCAGUGAAGACUCUUGGCGUCAGGUGUUAGUCCGCGUUCCAGGUAUCACGGAUUUUCAUGGCCUUAUUGACAUGGAUGGUGAUGGGAGUAAUAUGCAGUACAAGAGUGGGCAGAAUGAUGAGGAAAUAGUGGCGCAGGCUGAGGAGAGUGAGGAAGCUUGGCGGGAUCUUGCUCUAGCGGAGUUGAAAAUACAGGCUGGUCUUUACCUGUUGGACCGAGAGGCCAUCGAGUCUGGAUUGAUUAAAAUUCUGUGGCUCGAUGAGCAUGGGAACAUUGCCUGGCAUAACCGGCUGGACCCUUCUACCUCCGACUUUGAGGGGUUUAUGAUGGCACUCCUCAGUGCGACAAGUUUGGUGGAAUUGGCCGGCUAUGACGGCACCCGCGGGAGUCUGAUUGAGAGGUAG